CCGGUACGAAACAGGAAGACAAAAACGCAGUGCUGUCCGGUGCGCGCCAUGUCUGUUACCUACACAUGGCUAUAUUCUUGAGAGGCAAAGAUUGCUUGUUAUCUCGCCUCAAAUCCAUAACCCGAUUUCAGAGGUUUAACUACACAUUGGAUGAAGGUGGAUUUCAAGCUAAGUACAAGUUCAACCGUGAAAUGGGCUUUGCUUCUAAUUCCAAAAAUUCUCAUAUUGGUCAUGAAGCUGACACGUCGAAAUGGAAAAAAAUCGAUGCACGUAAGUUUGGGAUAACUCGUGAUAUGAUUCCAUCUCCAUCUUUGGUUGUGUUGAAGAUACUACGCAACAAUGGUUUUGAGGCCUACUUAGUUGGUGGAUGUGUAAGAGAUUUACUGCUACAGAGAAUACCUAAAGAUUUUGAUGUGGUCACCACUGCUGAACUUAAACAGAUCAAGAAGAAAUUCAAUCGUUCUCAUAUUAUUGGAAAAAGAUUCCCUAUAUGUGUAGUGCAUAUAAAAGGCUCUGCAGUUGAGGUAUCCAGCUUUGAAACUGUGGCCAAUAAUGCUAAAGCAAAUGAAGACGUUUUUAAAUCCCCUCUUUGUGAUGAGAAAGACUUCAUCCGUUGGAGAAAUAGUACGCAAAGAGACUUCACAAUUAACAGCUUAUUUUAUGAUCCUUUUUCAAAUAAAAUCUAUGAUUACACUAAUGGAAUGUCAGACCUCAGAUCGUUAAAGCUACGGACAUUAAUUCCUGCUCAUUUGUCUUUUAAAGAGGAUUGUGCAAGAAUUCUACGAGGCUUGAGAAUUGCAGCUCGUUUGCACUUGUCAUUUUCAAAGGAUACUGAAAGGGCAAUGUGUGAUCUCUCAUCUUCCAUUGAGGGAUUAGAUAAGUUCAGACUAAUGUUGGAAAUGAACUACAUGAUGUCUUAUGGAGCUGCAGAGUCUUCUAUUUGCCUGCUCCAGAGAUUCAACCUGCUGGAGAUUUUACUUCCAUUCCAUGCUGCCUACCUUGACCAACAGAAAUCUGCUCAGAAUUCAGUCAUGCUGAUGAAAUUGCUUUCCAAUUUGGAUAAGUUGCUUUCAUGUGAACAACCUGCUGAUAGCAGUCUCUGGUAAGCUAACUGUUUGCCCCCUUUUUUCUUCAUAAUUAUGAAGUAUCAAGAUGUCAUUAUCGCUUCUAAGAUCAUUAUCAUCAUUUACUGAAAUAUUAGUAGUAUCAUUUCAUCAUAAUAUCAUCACUAUCAUCAUGUACUUGGAUAUUGGACUCAGUAGUUAGAUAUUUUCAAUCUUUGUAUAGUUUUAUAAGAAAGCUGGUUAUUCUCC